CCCAGAAGGAGGACAAGACAAAGGACAACAGGGUUCUGAGUCCCAAAGAGGAGACAACAGGAACCCCUGGGUGUGAGGGAGAAAGUGCUGGGGGCCUGGACUUCGGGGACGACUCCAGGGACUGAGGGAGGAAGGGCUGGGGGCCUGGACUUCGGGGCUCUAGCCAGUGAGGGUGAUCCAGCCCUGCCUAACAAACCGCCCCCCCACCUGCCCACAGCCUCAAGGCUUGUACACAGCAUGGACCUGCGCACAAUGACCCAGUCAUUGGUGACCGUGGCAGAAGACAAUAUGGCAUUCUUCUCCAGCCAGGGCCCUGGGGAGACAGCACGCCGACUGUCAGCCGUCUUUGCAGGCGUGCGGGAGCAGGCGCUGGGGCUGGAGCCGGCCCUAGCCCGCCUGCUCAGCGUAGCACACAUCUUCGACCUGGAUGCAGAGACACCGGCCAAUGGUUUCCGCAGCCUGGUGCACACAGCCCGCUGCUGCCUGGCGCACCUGCUACACAAAUCCCGCUAUGUGGCUUCCAACCGCCGCAGCAUCUUCUUCCGCACUGGCCACAAUCUGGCCGAACUGGAGGCCUACCUGGCUGCCCUCACCCAGCUCCGUGCCCUGGCCUAUUACGCCCAGCGCCUGCUGGCUACCAACCAGCCAGGGGGGCUCUUCUUUGAGGGCGAUGAAAGACUCACUGCCGACUUCCUGAGCGAGUACGUGACGCUGCAUAAAGGCUGCUUCUAUGGCCGCUGCCUGGGCUUUCAGUUCACGCCCGCCAUCCGGCCCUUCCUGCAGACCAUCUCCAUUGGGUUGGUGUCCUUCGGGGAGCACUACAAGCGCAACGAGACGGGUCUCGGUGUGACUGCCAGCUCCCUCUUCACCAGCGGCCGUUUUGCCAUUGACCCGGAGCUGCGCGGGGCCGAGUUCGAGCGGAUCAUACAGAACCUGGAUGUGCACUUCUGGAAGGCCUUCUGGAACAUCACAGAGAUCGAAGUGCUCUCGUCUCUGGCCAACAUGGCAUCGGCUAACGUGAGAGUAAGCCGGUUGAUCAGCCUGCCACCCGAGCCCUUUAACAUGCCGCUGACCUCUGACCCCAAGCUCACAGUGACCAUCUCACCCCCCUCGGCCCACUCGGGUCCUGGGCCUGUCCUCGUCAGGCUUAUCUCCUAUGACCUGCGGGAAGGACAGGACAGUGAGGAACUCAACAACCUGGUCAAGUCUGAGGGCCCACGGAACCUGGAGCUGCGGUCCCGCGUGCAGCAGGCCCCCCGCUCCCGGUCGCUGGUGGUGCACAUCCAUGGUGGUGGCUUUGUGGCCCAGACCUCCAAAUCCCACGAGCCCUACCUCAAGAGCUGGGCCCAAGAGCUGGGCGUCCCCAUCCUCUCCAUCGACUACUCCCUAGCACCUGAGGCCCCCUUCCCCCGCGCACUGGAGGAGUGCUUCUAUGCCUACUGCUGGGCCAUCAAGCACUGCGCCCUCCUCGGCUCAACAGGGGAGCGCAUCUGCCUCGCAGGGGACAGCGCCGGCGGCAACCUCUGCUUCACCGUGUCCCUCCGGGCAGCAGCCUAUGGCGUACGGGUGCCAGAUGGCAUCAUGGCAGCCUACCCGGCCACAUUGCUGCAGUCGGCCGCCUCCCCUUCCCGCCUGCUGAGCCUCAUGGACCCCCUGCUGCCGCUCACUGUGCUCUCCAAGUGUGUCAGCGCCUACGCUGGUGGACAGAUGGAGGAGCAGCCCGAUUCAGAUCAGAAGGCGCUAGGCGUGAUGGGGCUCAUGCGGCGGGACACGGCCCUGUUGCUCAAAGAUCUCCGGAUGAGCGCCUCCUCGUGGCUCAACUCCUUCCUGGAGCUGAGUGGUCGCAAGGCCCAGAAGAGCUCGGCGCCUGUGGCAGGUAUAGCCAGGCUCACUCACACCUCUCCCACAGAGCCCAUGCGCCGCAGUGUGUCCGACGCAGCCCUGGCCCAGCCCGAGGGCCCGCUGGGCACAGACUCCCUCAAGAACCUGACGGUGAAGGACUUGAGCCUAAGGAGCAGCUCUGAGACCAGCAACAGCCCCGAGAUGUCGCUCUCAGCAGAGGCGCUGGGCCCCUCCUCACCCUCUGAUGUCAACUUCUUCUUGCGGCCUGAGGAUGGAGUCCAAGAGGCAGAGGCCAGGGAAGAGCAAAGCCCCAAGAAGAGAGACCAGGGUGUCAGGGCUGCCUUCCCGGAAGGCUUCCACCCGCGGAUCUCCAGCCAGGGGCCCACGCAAAUGCCCUUCUACUCAUCACCCAUCGUCAAGAACCCCUUCAUGUCACCACUGCUGGCACCCGACAGCAUGCUCAGGACCCUGCCGCCCGUGCACAUCGUGGCCUGUGCGCUGGACCCCAUGCUGGACGACUCUGUCAUGUUCGCUCGGCGCCUGCGCUGCCUGGGCCAGCCGGUGACACUGCGCGUGGUGGAGGACCUGCCACACGGCUUCCUGAGCCUGGCCGCGCUGUGCCGCGAGACACGCCAGGCCGCAGAGCUGUGCGUGGAGCGCAUCCGUCUCGUGCUCGGCCAGCCCAGCGCAGCUGCAUCCACACCUGUGUCUGUGCCCACCGCAGCUGCACCCGCACCUGCGUCCGUGCCCACCGCACCACCGCUCUGAGUCACGUGGGGGGAUGGGGGACACGGGCAGGGGCCACACUAAAGACCUCGUGUUCCACCCGCACCGGCCUCCAUGGUGAAUGUGCUCCGGGACCGGCUGCAAGGGGCCCCGGGCCCAUUAGGCCCCUCCUUGGUGGGGAGGGGUGGGCUGUGCCUUAAGUCUGGGGUCAUGAGGAGGGAGGAAGGGUUGGAGGCCGAGAACAGAUCCAGGCCUGGGGGAAGAACACACACCGGCUUGGCCACACAGACCGC